AUGUCCUUUGGGAUCGGCCAGACCACUAGCACCUCAGCAUCCACUACUGUUACCACUCAAUCUACUGUGGCCAGUACCACUGUGACUACAUUUGCCGUUUCAUCGACUGUUGCCACGACCACCGUCUCGACUCAGUCCACUGUAGCCAGUACUGUUGCCAGCACUGUCGCCACCACCACUGGUGUUACCACUGGUGCCUCGACUACCGUCACGACCACCGUCUCGACUCAGUCCACUGUAGCCAGCACUGUUGCCAGCACUGUAGCCGGUGCCUCGUCGACUACGGCCAGUACCACUGUUACCACUACGGCCUCAACUACCUCGCCAGUUAGCACCAUCACGGCCACCACCACAGUGACGACCACGGCCACGACCACCUCCAGGCCAACUACCACUGCCACGGCCAGCACCACUGCCACUACCACAGUCACCACGACAGCGUCCACCACUUCGCCAGCUAGCACCAUCACUGCAACAACAACAGCGACGACCACGGCAACGACCACCUCGAGGCCAACUACCACUGCCACGACCAGCACUACCUCGGUGCCAACGUCGACCACAGUCUCGACUCAGUCCACUGUUGCCAGCACUGUUGCCGGAGCCUCGACUACAGUCAGCACUACUGCUACCACUACGGCCUCAACUACCUCCCCAGCCAGCUCCAUCACAGCGACCACAACUGUGACGACCACGGCCACCACCACAUCGAAGCCAACUACCACCGCAACUACCACCGCGCCCACAACAACCGCCACAACUGCCACAACCGCUCCAACGACAACGGCCACAACUACCGCUCCAACGACGACAGCCACAACUACUUCGCCAAACCAACUGUACCAAGUCAUAGUCUAUACAUGGAUUGAUACUAACAAGAAUGGUGAAGAUAAUUAUGGCGAGCCAUAUUUGGGAGGCAUUGAAGGUGCACUCUAUAACAAGGCUGAAUACAUGACCAUCAAGUCCAAGAGAGUGUCUAGGGCUGUGUUGGCCAAUGCACCAUUGGAGUCAUUUGUAACUGAUGCCACCAAGAAGUCUAAGGCCUUUGUGUCGGCCCUGUUGCCAGCGGAUGAUUACUGUGUCACUUUGAAGGACCCCAAGAACAACUACAAGAUUGGACCAAUGGGAGUAUCAACCAAGUUUGAGGCCGAUGGUCACCAAUGCUUCACCCUCAACGAUGCCACCACCAACAGUAAUAAGCAACUGACCCUUCCAGGAGGCUUCGUCCCUGUGGACGACACCAAGCCCAAGACAUUCACCAUCCACGGCUACUCUUGGAUCGACACCAACCUGAACGGAGAGGACAACAGUGGCGAGCCAUACUUGGGCGGCAUGAACGUUGAGUUGACCAACUCGAUCGGCCACGUGGUCUCAACCGCCACCACCGAUGCCUCAAAGCGUAGCGACGGCUUCGAAUUCCCUGCACUAUCGCCCGACGGCUACUGCCUCAAGAUCACCGACCCGACCGGCACAUACAUCACCGGCCCCAUUGGCAUUACCAACAAGUUCGACUCCUCCAAUCGCUAUUGUUUCUCACUAGACGCCACCACCGUCGAUGCCAACGGCAAGCUGUUAGUACCAAUUGGCAAGACUUUGAAGGUGGGCACUCCCGCCCCCGUCUUCACCAUCCAUGGCUACGCUUGGGUCGACCUCAAUGCCAACGGCGAGGACAAUGGUGGUGAACCAUACUUGGGCGGAAUGAACGUUGUGCUGACCACCAUCGAUGACAAACCCGUCGCAACAUUCACUACCGAUUCGUCAAAGAAAAUGGAUGGCUUCCGAAAGGAGGGCCUCGAACAGGGCGGCUACUGCAUCACCAUCACAGAUCCCAAGAAGAACUACCCCAACGGUCCAAAAGGCGUCAGCAGCAAAUUGGACCAACAGACUGGAAAGUACUGUUUCUCAUUGGACGCGGCCACUACCAACAGCAAGCACGAGUUCUUGGUGCCAGCCGGAUUCCUCCAAGCCGCCAAUCCACCCUUGUUCAAACUGCACGGCUACGCCUGGAACGACACCAAUAAGAACGGUGAGGAUAACUAUGGUGAGCCAUACUUGAGCGGAAUUGAUGUCACACUCUACCGCCAGGGCCGAGGUGCAGACGAGCUCCAGGAGAUUGCCAAGUUCACCACGGACUCAUCCUUGCGUAGCAGAGCCUUUGAGCAGACAGACUUGUCGCAGGGAGCCUACUGCAUCAAGAUGUCUGACCCCAGUGGCGUCAGAGCUGUUGGCCCCAUCGGCGUGUCCAACAAGUUGGACGCCAAUGGCAAGUACUGCUUCUCCCUCGACUCUACAACCGUCGACUCCAAGGGCGACUUCCAGAUUCCAGGAGGCUUCGUCAGAGUCAACAAUAGCCCUGUAAUCAAGUACACUCUGCAUGGAUACGCAUGGAUUGAUUCCAACAAGAAUGGCCAGGACAACAGUGGCGAGCCAUGGUUGGGCGGCAUGCAGGGCACACUCUACCGCAUGAACAAGGACACCAACGAUCUCACUGAGCUCAACACAUUCACAACCGACGGAUCAAAGAAAUAUGAUGGCUUCCGCAUUGAGGGCUUGGACGAGGGCGCAUACUGCGUCAAGAUUGCCGAUCCCGCGGCCACAUACACGAUCGGACCAAUGGGCGUCACCAACAAGUUCAACUCGACGGGCAUGCGCUGCUUCGCAAUCGAUGAUACCACUGACAAUGACAAGCAUGAGGUGUUACUCCCAGCUGGAUUCGUUCUCGCUGAGGGCCAAACCGCACCCAAGUACACGAUCCACGGAUACUCAUGGGUCGAUAGCAACCUGAAUGGCGAGGAUAACAGUGGCGAGCCAUGGUUGGGAGGCAUGAAGGGCAGUCUGUUGAGCGUGGACAGGGAGGGCAAGGCCACCGAGAUCCAAACCUUCACCACCGACGCAUCGUUGAAGUAUGAUGGCUUCCGCAUUGAGAACCUCGACCAAGGUCAAUACUGUGUCAAGAUUGAGGACCCAACUGGCAAGUACCAGAUGGGACCAUUUGGCGUCACCAACAAGUUCAACUCAUCUGGCAUUCGCUGCUUCUCUGUCGACAGCUCCACUGUCAACGCCAAGAAUGAGUUUUUGGUGGCAGCUGGCUUUAAGGCACCACCCACCCCAACCAAGUACAUCCUGCACGGAUACACUUGGAUUGACUCCAACCUGAAUGGCCAGGACAACAGUGGCGAGCCAUGGUUAGGCGGCAUAAAGGGCACACUCUACCGCAUGAACAAAGAUGAUAUGACCCAGAUUGAGGAGUUCACCACCGACUCUUCAAAGAAAUAUGAUGGCUUCCGCUUUGAGAACCUGGACGGCGGCGCAUACUGCAUCAAGCUGGCCGACCCCACCAACACCUAUGAGAUCGGUCCAAUGGGCCCCACCAACAAGUUCAACUCAUCUGGCAUCCGCUGCUUCUCUGUCGAUGACUCGACUGCCAAUGACAAGCAUGAAGUGUUGGUCCCAGGUGGCUUCAAGCAACCUGUCGUCCCACCAAAGUACACAAUCAACGGAUACGCAUGGGUUGAUACCAAUGGCAAUGGUGAGGACAACAGUGGUGAGCCAUACUUGGGAGGCAUGAAGGGCAGUCUGCUGAGUGUGGACAGGGAGGGCAAGACCACCGAGAUCCAAACCUUCACAACCGACGCAUCUUUGAACAGUAAUGCCUUCCGCUUUGAGAACCUUGAUCAAGGCCAAUACUGUGUCAAGAUUGAGGACCCCAAGUCCAUGUACAUAAUUGGAGCAAUGGGCGUCACCAACAAGUUCAACUCCUCUGGCAUCCGCUGCUUCUCAGUCGACAGCUCCACCGUCAACGCCAAGAAUGAGUUCUUGGUGGCAGCUGGCUUCAACCAAGCACCCACCCCACCCAAGUACACCAUCGCUGGUUACUCUUGGAUUGAUAGCAACAAGAAUGGCCAGGACAACAGUGGCGAGCCAUGGUUGGGCGGCAUGAAGGGCGCUCUGUACAGCAUGGACAAGGAAGGCACACUGAAGGAGCUCAACACCUUCACCACCGAUGCUUCUUUGAAGUAUGAUGGCUUCAAAAUUGACAACUUGGACCAGGGUGCCUAUUGCAUCAAGAUUGCCGACCCCCAGAACAAGUACAUCAUCGGACCAAUGGGUGUCACCAAUAAGUUCAACUCAUCAGGCAUCCGCUGCUUCUCCGUUGACAGCUCCACCGCCAACAGCGACAACAGGGUCGAGAUCCCAGCCGGCUUCAACGAAGCGCCCGCCCCACCCAAGUACACAGUCAAGGGAUUCGCCUGGAUUGAUGCCAACAAGGAUGGUGACAACAAGGACGAGGAGUUCUUGGGCGGCAUCAAGGGCACUCUCUACAAGAUGGACAGAGACGGCAAGGGAGUCGAGGUCAACACAUUCACUACUGAUGCCGCCAAGCUCGCCGAUGCAUACAGCAUUCCCGACCUGGAGCAGGGCGGCUACUGUCUCAAGAUGGAGGACCCAGCUCAAAAGUAUAUCGUCAUCAGCAAUGGCUUCAACUCUUCUGGCAUCCGCUGCUUCUCCUUGGACGGCUCGACUGUCAACGACAAGAACGAGCUCGUGGUAUCCGCUGGCUUCUUGUUGAACAAGUUCACUUUGUUUGGUUAUGCCUACAAUGACCUCAAUGACAAUGGCGAGGACCAAUAUGGCGAGCCAUACGUCGGCGGUAUCAAGGGUACCGUCUCCAAGAAGAAUGGCGAUAAGUUGGAGGAGGUUGGAACAUUCUUGACCGACGCUGCCGGCAAAACCCACGGAUAUGACAUUAAGAAUCUGGCACCGGGCGAAUAUUGCAUCAAGGCAGCCGACACCAAGGGCCUCUACCUCUUUGGCAAGCAGGGCGUAAGCAGCAAGAUCGACUCGAAUGGCGAGGUGUGUGUCACUCUUGACUCCACAACAGCCAACGCCAAGGGCGAGCUCGGUGUACCAAUGUCGGUUGUCAGAGGUCCAAAGUCGGUCAAGGGAUUCGCCUGGAAUGAUGUCAAUGCCAAUGGAAUCAAGGAAGCUGGAGAUGAUGAUAUAUCGGAUGGCCUCACUGCCACUUUGACCAAGAAGGAUGGCACUGUCGUGGGCACAAUGGCGUUGGACCAGACCAAGGGAGCCGAGUCAAUCAACUUCCCCAUCAUUGACAGUGGCGACUACUGCAUCAAGAUCACCGACAAGAACACACCACCCGCCUACAUCAACACCAUCCUGGGCACAGACAACAAGAUGGAGAAGAACCAGCAGUGCUUCAAUGUGAAUGAUAAAGACAUGCCCACAGACUCCAACGUCAUUCAGAUCAAGGCUGGAUUCACGACAAACAAGUUCAAACUACGUGGUGGUGCAUGGACUGACUCCAACAAGAAUGGAGAGGACGACACCGGUGAGGCCUACCUCUACGCCUACUACUUCAAGCUCUUUGACUCGACCGGUGCCACUUUGAUCAAGGAGCAGAAUCCAGUCAAUGAUGGUGUGAAAUAUGACGCCAUCAGCAUGCCAGACCUUCCAGAGGGCAAGUACUGUGGAGAGUUUGGUCCAUUGAAGGAUUACAAUUAUGGACCUUUGGGUAAAGAUAUGAAGUAUGAGAAUGGAAAGUACUGUUUCGACAUCAACUUGACCACUGCCCCAACAAAGAUCAUGACACAAAUCUGUAGCUAUGUUCCGGUUUGA